GCCAUCACUCAGAUCUGUAUCGCCUGUUGUUGUGAUGCCGAAGCACUCGCUGGCAAUGACUCGAAGGCACUCCUCGAACACCCAAUAUUUGAGGGCGGCUUAUGUCGGCUCUGCUAUGACAACAUUCGGGUGACAAUGUAUGCGCCCGGAGCUGACCAUAAAAAUUCUUUUUGUGCAAUUUGUGGACAAUUGGGAAAACUUGCAAUUUGUGAGAACGAGAUCUGUCACCGAGUUUAUUGUUUGAAAUGUAUUGAUUUGUUGGUUGGCAACGGUCUUCAUUUGAAAAUCUUGGAAAUGGAGAAAUGGGAGUGUUUUGUCUGUAAACCGAAUUUACAAGAAAUAGGACUUCUGAGAGUUCGCCCCAAUUGGAGAUUUAAUGUCAAAAUCCUUUUUGAUCCGUUGGCCAAUACAUUGAAAUCUCUGAACGCAAUACAAGAAUAUUCUAAUGAGAAAAAACCAAUUAGAGUCUUAUCACUGAUGGACGGCAUCUCUUCUGCAAAACUAGCUCUUGAGAAGUUGGGUCUCAAAAUAGAUGCCUAUUAUUCUUCUGAAUCGGACACAAAUGCCAUCGAAAUAUCGAGAAAUUAUAAUAAAAAUAGCAUCGCAGCCAUGAGUCCAAUUGAUUUAGUCUUGGGAUCUCCUCCACCGGAAUAUUCUUCAAACGCUUCCGUUCGCAAAAGUCUUAUUGAGAACAAAGGGAGCGGUCAUUACUUC